GGGGCAGCGCGGCAUGGCGGCGGGAGGGCGGUGAGCGGGGCCGGGCGGAGCGGGUUCUGUCCCGGGAACGGGGUCGGGCUUCAGUCCGGGGGCAUCGAGGGGCUCUCGGGAGAGGAGCUCGCGGUGCUGCCGGUCACCGAGAGGCAGGUCCCGGCUCGCAGGCGGGCUGCGUGGCCUCGCGAGAGCUGUGGGUGCCGGAGCGCAGGCCGGGGCGAGCGGGGCGGCUCCCAGGCGGCGCCGCUGCUGCCUUGGGCAGGGCGGUGGCAGCCCCGUGCUCCGUCGUGCGGCGGGAGCUCUCGUGUUUUGUCGCUCUUCGUUGGUGUCUGAAAGAGGACUCCCCGUUGGAAUUUGUACCGAGAAAACCCCAGUUGCAGAAAGUGCAGAGGGGAGAAACUCUCUGGGAGCUGGAGGAAGCUGCUUGCGCUGAGGUAGCCGUGCCCAGCACUGGCCCUGCAGCAUCUCCGCCCCUCAGCAAGGAGCUGCAACACCACCGCAUGCCCGUCGCGUCAGUGCAGCUGAAGUGUUCCUGGGCUCUGGGUCUGACCCACACGCACCUCAUUUAGCAUGCGCUUCGUGUCCUGCUGACCGCUCUGUGCCCCAGCUGCUGCCUCCCUCUUCCCCGCUGCCAGCUGCCUGCUUCAUGGCAGGAGGAGAUGCUCUCUUGCUGUCACUGAACAUGUGCAGUAGGGAAAGGACGCUCAUGUACUCCACAGGCCUGCAGUGACUGACAUCCUUCCAGCCUUGUGACUUUUCCGCUGCAGAAUAUCGAGGAACAGAGCCUGAGUGGCCGAGAAAUUGAGUUGGGACUCAGGAGAACAAUUUGUGACUGUCACAAACUUCCUGUGUGGCCAUUGCAGGCAGUUGGUGUUGUACAGCACAGCAGCAGCACGGUUGUGAAUACAUACACGAGAAGCCGCUCUCCUUGAGAACAGUAGAGCAGCAGGCUGUCUGCACUAUGGCUGCUGAACGGCAUUACUCCCCACCUGAGAUCCCUGAGCCCACGCUGAUGGAGACUGUGCUGCACCACGGACUCUUCUUUGGAGCCAUUUUCCAGCUUCUCUGUGUGUUAGCCAUUAUCCUGCCAGUUUCCCAGUCCCGUAAGACAGACUCGGAUGGUUCUGGGACUAAGACCUGGGAGGCGGUGAAGAAACCAAAGGCAAGUGCUGCGCAGCUAAGUAAGAAACCCAAGAAGGAAAGCAAAAAGAAACGAUAAGGGUUUGACCGACAAGCCUCAAAAGACAAAAGAAUCACCUGUAAUGCUUCCUCGGAGAUUGUACCAAAGGCAUCCGAGUAUGUCGUCUGGUUUUCUGGCAUUGCCAUGCUUUACCUUUCGCAGACAAUGGAGAGGAACUGAGGAAACUGGAAGGGAAGGGCUUCUGAUGUGUUACAAGCAGAGAGUCAUAAGCAGGACUUUAUGUGAUGUGAUUCAUGGGUCAGUCACCAUCCAGUGUAGUAUGAGACUGAAAUAAGGCUAGACGGGACUGGAGAGUGGGAGGUGGUGACGUAGCCACAGAGUAAGGCAUCUUAAACUUCUUGAUGCCAGCUCACAUCUUGGUUUUUUAGACCACAAAUGAGUCAGUGGGAGGAGAACCUGCUGUGUGAGGUGCCUCAGGGCUCCGAGCGGCUUUGAAGGAAAGGCUUCUGUGGCAGGGCUGCAAGUCUGCCAUCUUUUUGCAUACGUAGACUGCCAUCCUCAAUUGGCAAAGGCAUUGUGAGCCCAGGUAUGGUAGUAGUGCUGUUAGGUUUCUGGUAGAGAACAGAUGCAGAACAGCACAUUUGCUGAAACCAUCGGUUUGAGAAGGGCCGCGUUUGCUGCUCUCCCUUGCUGUUGGUGGAAGUGACAGGUGGGCAGCACAAGGAGAGCACAAAGCAUGUGAGACAAAAGCACUCUGAAGUUGCUUGGACAUCUCAGGACAAAGAAACAUGACAAAAAUUUCCCAUGCAAACAACACAAACCGGUAUCGUUGUUGAGUUUCCAUGGAUGAGGAUGGUAGUUGUUUUAUCUAACUCUGUCCUUCUGCAGGUUCCCUAAAGGUGGGCUCUGUUGCAUUCUUCUAACAGAAGCACAACUACUGAAAGAGUAAUGCACGCAUUACCCAAAAUACAGGAGUGCUUCCACAGCCAAAAACUGAUUAGCCAUGAGCCCUGUGUGGUUGUUACCUCGGAGCAGCAGGCUGCUUCUUUCUCUGACUGAACAAGACUGAAUGAGUCAUUGCUAACUGGAAAUCCUGGAUGCUGGGGUUUCAUUUUGGGGGGGUGUGAAUUGAGGAAAGCAGAUUAGGCUAAAAGUUAUGUGCCUUCAUGAGGUGUUGAAUCGGCAGCUGCAGAUCUGACCUUGCUAAGCCAGGUUCUCACUGCUGAUAACAGAUGCUUUUCUACGGACUUGGACAGUUAGUGCAGACAGCGGGUGUCCUGUCUUUGCACGUAACAUUGUUAGCUCCCCUAUCUCUGGAAUGCAAGGUAGCAGGCUCAAACAGUAAAACCACAAAUUAACAAAGAAGCGGCGGAUUGGUGAACAGAGUUGAGGCUGAUGAGACGACCAAUCAGAGCCACCCAUCGUAACCCAAGCCCAAGAAAAUAGCACGAUGACCUUCAUCAGAAAGACCACCGAGAGACACGUGUGUGUAAAAGAGCUGAGACUUGGGGGGGGGGGGAAGUGUCAGUCAUUCUGGGGACUCAUUGUAAUAACCCAACCUUUUCUUGGACAUCUAAUGCAUAUGUAAGCAGCUUGGUCUUUAAGUAUGUGCCUUUCUUGCCCUCCGGCAUGCAGGCUAGGUGGGCAUAUCCCCCCCUGCAUCUGGCGGGUGCGCAGCGCUGAUUAGACAUACCUGCUUUAUAACUGCUCAGAGGUGGGAUUGUGCUGUAUUUGCAGUUGGUUCCAAACAGCUCGAUACCUGUUUCGAAAUGUUGAUUAGCUGAACUUACGGUAUGCCUUUAGUAAUUACCGUAUUCCACAUUUUAUUUUCUGUUGAAAUAUAUACUAAAUACAACCAAAAUAUUUUUGUUUAAAAUAAAAGCAAGAAUAACUUUUUAAAAA